AUGUCUUCUGGAUACAAUGAUCGACCCCUUGCUCCUUUCGCUGGAAUUUUGAGCCUUGGAAUUGGGGAUACAAUGGCUUCAUUGGUUGGUCACAAAUAUGGUGUCCUCAGGUGGAGCAAAACUGGGAAGAAAACUAUUGAAGGCACUGCAGCUGGUAUAACGUCAGUCCUUGCUGCUUGCUCAGUAUUGCUUCCACUUUUAGCAUCCACUGGAUAUUUUCUUACUGAGCAUUGGAUCUCUCUACUCCUAGCUGUCACAGUGAGUGGAUUGUUGGAGGCCUACACUGCACAACUUGAUAAUGCAUUCAUACCACUUGUUUUCUAUAGCCUUCUAUGCUUGUAG